GCUGCCGCGGGAGCGCCGUGUGGCUCGCCGCUGCCGCUGCCGCUGCGCUCCGGCCGCUCGCCGCGGCCCUUGGAUGGGGGUGUCCAGCUGAGCCCCGCGAUCCGCCUCCCUCUGCCAGGACCCGCACAGAUAAACGAAUCCUGAACGUUGCAGUUUUCUGAUUGCUGUGCAAGGAUGGAGGCCCCACUGGUGAGUUUGGAUGAAGAAUUUGAGGACCUUCGGCCCUGCUGCUCGGAAGACCCCGAGGAGAAGCCCCGGUGUUUCUACGGCUCAUCUCCCCACCAUCUCGAGGACCCCUCCCUAUCUGAGCUGGAGAAUUUUUCUUCUGAAAUCAUCAGCUUCAAGUCCAUGGAGGACCUGGUGAAUGAAUUUGAUGAGAAGCUCAACGUCUGCUUUCGGAACUACAACGCCAAGACCGAGAACCUCGCUCCCGUGAAGAACCAGUUCCAGAUUCAAGAGGAAGAGGAGACCCUGCAGGAUGAGGAGGUUUGGGAUGCUCUGACAGACAAUUACAUCCCUUCACUCUCAGAAGACUGGAGGGACCCAAACAUGGAGGCUCUAAAUGGCAACAACUCUGACACCGAGAUCCAUGAGAAAGAAGAGGAAGAGUUCAAUGAGAAGAGUGAACACGAUUCUGGAAUCAAUGAGGAGCCUCUACUCACAGCAGAUCAGGUGAUUGAAGAGAUUGAAGAAAUGAUGCAGAAUUCCCCCGACCCUGAAGAGGAAGAGGAGGUCCUGGAAGAGGAGGAUGGGGGAGAAACCUCCUCCCAGGCGGACUCGGUCCUCCUGCAGGAGAUGCAGGCCUUGACCCAGACCUUCAACAACAACUGGUCCUAUGAAGGCCUGAGGCACAUGUCUGGGUCUGAGCUGAUGGAGCUCCUGGACCAAGUAGAAGGCGCCAUCCGAGACUUCUCGGAGGAGCUGGUGCAGCAGCUGGCCCGCCGGGACGAGCUAGAGUUCGAGAAGGAAGUGAAGAACUCCUUCAUCACGGUGCUCAUUGAGGUGCAGAACAAGCAGAAGGAGCAGCGAGAACUGAUGAAGAAGAGGCGGAAAGAGAAAGGGCUGAGCCUGCAGAGCAGCCGGAUAGACAAGGGAAGCCAGAUGCCUCUCAAGCGCUUCAGCAUGGAAGGCAUCUCCAACAUCCUGCAGAGUGGCAUCCGCCAGACUUUCGGCCCCUCGGGAAGUGACAAGCAGUACCUGAACACAGUCAUCCCUUACGAGAAGAAGGCCUCACCCCCAUCAGUGGAAGACCUCCAGAUGCUGACUAACAUUCUCUUUGCCAUGAAGGAGGAUAAUGAGAAGGUUCCCACUUUGCUGACGGACUACAUUUUAAAAGUGCUGUGCCCCACCUAACCCUGCCCUCGGGGGCAGCCUUGCUGCGGAGGUCACGGAGCAAGAGUCAUCCCACCGCAGGGACUGCAUGACACCACGUAGCCUCCGCCGUGUAUUUAAACGUGUAUAGCUUAACCUGGAUUAAACAUGAGCAAGCGCGCGGGGUCCUUUGCUGUUGGCUUCUAGUCCUAGUAACCAUUGGAUGCAUGACUGUCGGGCAGGGCUGGUGAUGUCGCCCCUUCUCCGCCCGUGUCGGAGGGAGGCAGAUGCUGUCAUCGCUCGUGAUGUAGUCUGGCUCCAGCCCUCAAAAACAGC